GCCGGGCGCGGUUUCCGGGGAACGCGUUUCCCGCCGCACCGUGGGCCGCCCGGAUCGCGCAGGACGGGGCACCUUCCGGUGGCGGCGCGGAGCCCUGGGCCCGGCUGCGGCCCGGCGGCGGCCCCGGCGCUGUGCGCGCGUUCGCGGCGGCCCGGGAGCGGCAGGGGCCCCGGGCGGCGGCGAGGCCGGAGCGGGGCGGGCCCGGGACACCGGCUCCCGGCGCCCUCGGAGCCGAAGGCGCGCGGCGGACACGGCGGGGCCCUCGCGCGCCUGGAGACGAUGCCAAAGCUGCAGGGCUUCGAGUUCUGGAGCCGCACCCUGCGUGGCGCCCGCCACGUGGUGGCCCCCAUGGUGGACCAGAGCGAGCUGGCCUGGAGGCUGCUGAGCCGGCGCCACGGAGCCCAGCUCUGCUACACGCCCAUGCUGCACGCGCAGGUCUUCGUCCGCGACGCCAACUACCGGAAGGAGAACCUGUACUGCGAGGUGUGCCCCGAGGACCGGCCCCUCAUCGUGCAGUUCUGUGCCAAUGACCCGGAAGUGUUUGUUCAGGCGGCUCUCCUGGCUCAGGAUUACUGUGACGCCAUUGACCUGAACUUGGGCUGCCCACAGAUGAUAGCCAAGAGAGGUCACUAUGGUGCCUUCCUGCAGGAUGAGUGGGACCUGCUCCAAAGAAUGAUUUUGCUGGCCCACGAGAAACUCUCUGUUCCUGUCACGUGCAAAAUCCGUGUCUUCCCGGAGAUUGACAAGACCGUGAGGUACGCCCAGAUGCUGGAGAAGGCCGGUUGCCAGUUGCUGACGGUGCACGGGCGCACCAAGGAGCAGAAAGGGCCCCUGUCAGGUGCGGCAUCCUGGGAGCACAUCAAGGCCGUGCGGAAGGCUGUGGCCAUCCCUGUGUUUGCUAAUGGGAACAUCCAGUGCCUGCAGGAUGUGGAGCGCUGCCUCCGGGACACGGGUGUGCAGGGCGUCAUGAGCGCAGAGGGCAACCUGCACAACCCCGCUCUGUUUGAGGGCCGGAGCCCUGCAGUGUGGGAGCUGGCCGAGGAAUACCUGGACAUCGUGCGAGAGCACCCCUGCCCGCUGUCCUAUGUCCGGGCCCACCUCUUCAAGCUGUGGCACCACACGCUGCAGGUGUACCAGCAGCUGCGAGAGGAGCUGGCCAAGGUGAAGACCCUGGAGGGCAUCGCUGCCGUGAGCCAGGAGCUGAAGCUGCGGUGUCAGGAGGAGAUAUCCAGGCAGGAGGGAGCGAAGCCCACCGGCGACUUGCCCUUCCACUGGAUCUGCCAGCCCUACAUCCGGCCGGGGCCCAGGGAGGGGAGCAAGGAGAAGGCAGGUGCACGCAGCAAGCGGGCCCUGGAGGAGGAGGAGUGUGGCACGGAAGUCCUGUCCAAGAACAAGCAGAAGAAGCAGCUGAGGAACCCCCACAAGACCUUCGACCCCUCUCUGAAGCCAAAAUAUGCAAAGUGUGACCAGUGUGGAAACCCAAAGAGACUUUCCCAGCGGGGCUGCUCCCCUGCUGGCCAGCCUGGCCCCAGGAAUGGUGCUGGCCACAGGCUCCCGAGCUUUCCUGUGCCCAGGGCAACAGAUGUGUGUUCAGCCUGUGCCGCGGCUGCUGCAAGAAACGAGCCUCCAAAGAGACUGCGGACUGCCCAGGUCACGGAUUGCUUUUUAAAACCAAACUGGAGAAGUCUCUGGCCUGGAAAGAGGCCCAGCCUGAGCUGCAGGAGCCUCAGCCGGCAGCACCCGGAACACCAGGUGGCUUCUCUGAAGUCAUGGGCAGUGCCCUGGCCUGAAGGCCCAGAACCCCCACCCCCAGGACUGCUGCUGGAGCUUGGACACGUCCUACUUAAGGAAACGCCUUUUACUCAGGGAAUCUCCUGCUACUUAAUGUGGAAAGACACGCCCAUGCCCCCCUUCGGCCCACUCUGGGGCCUGGAGAUGCUGCAGUGGGGAGCAGGCCCCAGGCUGGACCUGCCCUGUCCUCAGCACGCGUGUGCAAAAGCGAACAAUAAAUCAUUUCAAAGAUGCAAGAGCCCACAGCCUGUGACCACCGCCCCCCCAGACCCACGGAGGCACGAGCCGGGGCAGGUGCGGUUGGGGCUAGUGGGGUCUUCUGAACAACUGGAUACGACUAAAUGAAGGCAGCGCAUGGGCAUCUGUGCAGAGGAAAGUGGCGGCUUAGGUCCCCUCCCCGCCUCCCCUAGGCGCCUCCAUAGGCAAAUGGCCAGAGCCUCCGGGAGCUUCCUGAUGCCGCACAGCCUUGGAAGCACAGCCUGUGGGCCACAGUGGCCGCUGCUGGGGGCUAUUGAGCCCGCAGGCCAGGCUGCCCAUUUGUCUCACCAGGCCCUGCCUCCAAGCCCAGCCCCAGGGAGACAGCCCUCAGGAAUUCCUGCACAGCAGGAAAGAACAGCCAAGGGCAACGCUCAGUCUGCUUUUUAAUGGAUACCGCCCACUUGUCUGCACCUGACAGAGGCGGGAACAGGAGGGGUCUGGGAAGUGGUGCUGCUGCGCCUGGGUGCCGCACAGUCUGCUCCCUGGGGACAGAAACCCACAGGGUCGAGCCCUGCAGGCCUCUCCUUCCAGGAAGGACCACAACUAGCAGCCGCCUGCCUCCCCAGCCCCAGCAAGGGCAUGCAGGCUGGGGGGCACCCAGUGGCCAGGCCUCUUAGCUGGGCUGCAGGCAGCACUGAGCCGCCUGGAGGUCAGGAGGUCCGUGGAGAUGGGGAGGGGAUGCAGAUGUCCUGGAGGCCAAGGUCCACCCCUCACAUGUUGGUGCUCAUCCGAGACUGGCUGUUGGCUGGAGUCAGCUCCCCCUGGCUCCCUUCUCUGGGUGGGGACUGCAGGGGAGACAAGCAGCAGUUCAGCCACCAGGCCCCACACGCUGUGCACCUGCCCACUGACGCCUGCCCACCUUGACGUGGAUCUGGUUGCGGAGCACAGCUGCUCGCAGCAUCAUGGCCUUGGCGCGGCGCUGGAACUCCUUGCCCAUCAGCAGAGACUUCUCAAAAGUGGUGCUGCGCUGAUCCACAUCCCGGGCGUAGAGGAUCUGUGCGGGCACAGGCUCAGCGGGGCCCAGGCUCACCCCCAGCUGCCCCCACCACCCUGCAGCCCACAGCCACCUUGCUGUGCGAGUCUACGCGGGCACUGAUCAGCCCCUCCAGGAUUAGCUGCGUCAGCUCGUCCUCCAGGGCAGCCACUGUGGUGUUGAAGGCCGCCGCCAUCCUAUGCAUGUCGGCUGACACGUAGGGGCUGAAAUACUGCAGAGCGGAGGGAAGUCAGCUCCACAGCCCCCUGUAUGCCCACCUGCCGUGUGCCAGCCUGACCCCCACAUUACCUGGAUGAGGGCACGGUUGCGAAUCUGGGUGUACAGGGUCCUGACGUGGGGAGCCAAAUACAUGUCCAGGAGCAGGUUGUCCUAGGGAAGGGGCUGGUGAGGACCAGGACAGGAGGCCAGGCAGAGCCCCACCUCACCCCCACCCCGGGCAGGACCCCACCUUCAUCUCAUCCAGCAUCUUGAGGCAUGAGGCGUACUUGGACUCGUAGAAUUUGAAGAUGAUGUCUCGGACCUGCGGCUCCAGCUCCAAGAACAACUUGAAGGAGCUGGUGAGGCAGACCCCUCAGAGCUCUGUCCUCUGCCUGCCCCUCCCUCCAAGUGGCCAGUGGGACACCAGUCCCCAGACAAAACACCUGAGAAAAUGGCAGGGCCAGGGGUCCGGGACAUGCAAGGCCAAAGCGGCAGCCGUGGAGAGGGACAGGGACUGCCGGACCAGGGCACCUACCUACUGGAGAUGACAUUGCGCUGCAGCUCCUGCCGGUCAAAGGUAGCCAAGGCACACAGGCCACCGUAGAUGGCCACGUUGCUGGGGGACAGCAGCUGAGGAGCAGAGACCUGGUGUCACAGAAAGUGAAGGGCCAGGCCACCCCUGCCUGCCCAUCACCCACUCAGAGAAUGCCUAAGACCCCGUUUGUGAGAAACCUCACUCUCCUACAAAAGCAGCCCAACCCAUGAACCCGUGCUCUGCCUCCCAAGUCCCCAAGAGGGCUUCUCACCUCAGGGAAGUCGCAGUGAUCAAAGGAAGCCAGCAGGAGGCACUUGGCAGCCUGCUUGUACUUCCUGGCAGCCAGCUCCGCCAAACCUAGUGGAGGGAGCCGGGGGCAGCGGGGAGAGGGGGUGAGACCCAGAGCCUGGGGAAACCGCUAAAGCCUGGAGACCAGGGAGAACACGACCACCAGCCGGCUCGCUGGCCUCUCCUGCCCCAGGAGCUGUUCCUCA